AUGGAUGUUAAUGUCGAUGAUGAUGAUGAUGAUGAUGAAUAUAAUGAUACGUUUUUCAAGCCUGAAGAUACACCCUUUAUGUCACAGUAUCCAGAAAUAGCUCGGGAACCAGUGCAGAAGUUUUGGAGUAAAUCUAAUACAAUUGAUCUAGUAUAUGGACCAACUUAUGAUUCUGUAGCACCUCAGUGGCGGAUUGGAAGUAAACAUUAA